AUGCGAAAGCGAAAUAACUCGCUAAACACAGACCAUGACAGCUCUGUUACUAACACGCUACUGGACAGCAGUCCGAAUUUGAAGUACUGUCACAAGAAGCAAGAAGGUAGUGAAGACCUUGGAGGACAGUUUGGAUCCGCAGGUCCGGAUAAGAAGAUGGGUAGAGCGUUUAGAAGGCGCGGCUUAAUGUGGAGACUGAGAAGGAUGUUUCUCUGGGUGCUGGGAAUUUAUAUUGCCAUCCCUUUCAUCAUCAAGCUCUGCCCUUCCAUCCAGGCUAAACUAGUCUUUUUAAAUUUUGUGCGUAUGCCAUACUUCAUAGACUUAAAGCGACCUCAGGACCAGGGCCUCAACCACACCCAUAAUUUCUACCUGCAGCCUGAGGAGGGCAUCAACAUUGGCGUGUGGCACACUGUACCAGCCCAGUUGUGGAAGGAGGCUCAGGGGAAGGGCAGGGACUGGUAUGACAGCACCUUCCAAUCAAACAACCCCGUCAUGCUCUAUCUCCACGGCAACGCAGGAACCAGGGGAGGAGACCAUAGAGUUCAGCUCUAUAAGGUUCUUAGUUCAUUAGGCUACCAUGUAGUCACCUUUGAUUAUAGAGGCUGGGGGGAUUCAGAGGGCAGUCCUUCAGAGAGAGGGAUGACGUUGGAUGCCCUGUUCCUGUACCAGUGGGUGAAGCAGAAGAUCGGGAAGAAGCCCCUCUAUAUCUGGGGCCAUUCACUGGGGACUGGUGUGGCCACAAACCUAGUCAGACAUCUGUGUGACAGAGGAACACCACCAGACGCUUUAAUUCUGGAGUCUCCAUUCACCAACAUCAGAGAGGAGGCCAAGAGCCAUCCAUUCUCUAUGGUAUAUAGAUAUCUUCCUGGAUUUGACUGGUUCUUUUUGGAUGCCAUAACUGCAAAUGACAUCUGGUUUGCUAGUGAUGAAAAUGUCAACCACAUGUCCUGUCCAGUCCUCAUCCUGCACGCAGAGGACGACACUGUUGUGCCCUUCCAUCUGGGAAAGAAGCUGUACAACAUUGCUGCCCAGUCUAAAAGCCUGAGGGGCCACAAAGUGCAGUUCAUCUCCUUCCCUGUCAGUCUGGGCUACAGACACAAAUUCAUUUACAGGAGUCCUGAGCUGCCCCACAUUCUGAGUGACUUCCUUGGCACAGCUCAUCCUCAUGCGUAGCUGAGAAGACUGCUUGACUGCUCCUGAC